GAGAAAAUUAUUACUUCAAAACUUGUAAAAGGUGUUUUCUCAAUCUCUGCAAAAUCAGAACCACAGUGGGAGCUCUGAAAGCGGAUCAUCCCAUUCACACAUUUAGAGAGAGAGAGAGAGGGAGAGAGAAAGAGAGAAGUCUCGGAACUCUUUUCGAGUUGGUGGUUUCUGAUUCAAAUCAUUGACGAGAAGGUAUUUGUUCCAUCUGAAUCUCUGAUAAUGUUCGGAGAGUGAUAAACAUUUGAUCUGUGAGUUCAAUCACUCCAGAAAAAUACCUGAAACAGAUUCAUUGAUUGGGAGGAUCUAGAAAGGUUCUCUCACUCAUGAACUUUGAAAUCAGGGAGAAGCCAUUUCUACUGUGUUCUUUUAGUUGACAGAGAGAGAUGAAGACCUACUUCGGGAGUCCUGGUACUGUUAGUGGACUUAUUCUGAGGAUGGGACAGUGUUUUUGUGCUGCUGCUUCCAUUGGAACGAUGGCGUCCGCCAAUAAGUUCAAUAACUACACAGCUUUCUGUUAUUUAAUUGCUUCAAUGGCGCUUCAAGUACUCUGGAGCAUGGGACUUGCGUGUCUUGACAUUUAUGCUCUGACGAUGAAGAGGGACCUUCAGAAUUCUCUAUUAGUGAGCCUGUUUGUAGUUGGUGACUGGGUAACAGCAAGUCUAUCACUUGCAGCAGCAUGCUCAUCAGCGGGGGUGACAGUUCUAUUUACUAGAGACUUGGAUUUCUGCAGAGUACAACCUCACAUCUCUUGUGGCAGGUUCCAGAUCUCCGUAGCUCUCGCUUUCAUUACAUGGUUCUUCAUUGCUGUAUCUUCUCUUGUCAUGUUUUGGUUAGUGGCCUCUGUUUAAGACACAAGUGCCCUCUCUCUCUCUCUCUCGCUCUCUUCUUGUUCACUCUCUCAUUGCCAGGUAGUUGUUUCCAUGUAAAGUUUUUCAUCCUGUUUUGUAUAUACAAGUACCACUGGGUUAAUAUCAGUACAGCACGUUAGAUUUUUCAA